GUAUUUUUGCAGGGGGAGGGAAGUGGCAAAGUUGGAGGGGAGGGAGGGGGUCUCCAUGCACAUCCCCAGAAGAGAAGCAGGCCGGUUGAAGGGAAGAAAGAGACCUGCUCCCUGCUUUGAAGUGCAUCUUGGAAACAGGUGAAGGAGUCCGAGAAGUGGUAGCGCAAUGGCCUCCGAGACACCCUCUGAACGGUCUCUUCUUAUAAGUGGAAUGGAAAGAGGAGCCAGGCAGCUUCCUCAGGCCCUCUUGACCUUUGUGGAGGUGGCUGUGUUUUUCACGGAGGAGGAGUGGGCUCUGCUGGAUCCAGGCCAAAGAGCUCUGUACAAGGAAGUCAUGGAGGAUAAUUAUGAGAUGGCAGCCUCUCUAUUAUUGGACCUCAAUUCCUGUCGGGAAGAAAGACGAGAUCCAUUAAUCCAGAAUCCCAAAGAAGAGGAGAUAUCAGCAGGUAAUGGGCAGGAGAGUGAGAAUUAUUAUGAGCCAUCCAUGGUGGCUGUAGAAAACAUGGAGCAUGAAGCACAGAAUGAGACCUUUGCAAAUCAACAAUCAACCGAAAGGUCGCUGCGCUGUGGGAACCACCAAUUGAGGCUUCGUUUGGCUGCUGGCUGCGCUUUCUGCCUUUGGCCUUUGGCUCGGAGGCGCUCCAACGGCCCACCCUUGCCAGGGAAAAUAAGGAAAAAGAUGGGUGGAGGUGGAGGAGACAUUCCUUUGAAGAAAGCCAAGACGAUGUGCAAGUAUCUCGAGAGAUGGGAAAGCGAAUUUAGCUUCUUGAAGAAAAGCAGAGUGGGCCACCGUUACGCAUUCUGCACCAUUUGCUGUUGCGAUUUUAGUGUCUCCCACGGGGGAAGGACGGCUGUCACUCAGCAUACAAAAUCAGCCAAACACAAUCACGGGGUAAAGGCACAGAAACAUGCCCCGACAAUGUCCACAUUUGUGACUAGGAAUACCAAAAAGGCUGGCACGGUCAUAAAGGCUGGCAAGGUCAUAAAGGCAGAGGUUACAAUGGCCAUGCUGUGUGCCAAAAACAAUGUUUCUUUCACCUUCUGCGACGACUACAACAAGUGUGUAGCUGACAUGUUCCCGGACUCUGCCAUUGCACGGAAAUAUUCUGCGGGGAGAACCGAAACUGCGCAAAUCAUAAAAGGUGCCAUAGCAGCAGAGCUAGAUGACGAGGUGUCAAAAACAUGCCGAUCUCAGCCCUUUUCAUUGAUGUGUGACGAAUUGAACAACAGAAAAACAGACAAAGAAUUUGUCAUCAUGGCUAGACUCUACGAUGAGGCCAAUCUGCAGGUCGUUACCAGAUUUUUUGAGAUGCCCAUAUGCAACGUUGGAAAUGCAGAAAAUCUUUAUGAAAAGCUUAGUGAAGCAUUAAGAAAAAGAGGCAUUCCGUGGGAGAACCUGAUAGCCUUCAACUCUGAUAAUGCGAGUGUCAUGAAAGACAAACACGACUCUGUUAUCAGCAGACUGAAGACCACACAGCCCCACAUUCAGGAUCUUGGCUGCAUCUGCCACCUAGUACAGCUGGCCACUGGCUGUGCCAUCAGAGAAGCGCAGGUACCUGUUGAAGACAUCCUGGUCAGAAUAUACACCCACUUUGAUAAAAGUGCCAAAAGAUGUGAAGUCGACAAGGAGUUUGUAGAUUUUACUGAUUCAGACCACCUGAAACUGCUCAGGUACUACUGCAACACCCGAUGGCUGAGUCUGUUAACCUGCAUCCAGAGAGUGUUGAACCAAUGGGCCGCACUAACGGCCUACUUUAAUAGCCUUGAGGAGGUGGAGAAGAGCGCCAAUCUACGUGAUAUAGCCAGCCAUCUGGGUGAUCCGGUCGUGAAGAUCUACUUCUUGUUCCUGGCUGCUGCCCUUAAGCCUUUAUCUGAAUUUAAUAUUGCCUUCCAGUCAGAGGAAGUGCAGAUUCACAGGCUUAAAGAGGAGAUGUGCAAGCUGAUCAAGAAGAUCCUGGGCUUCCUCGUACCAGCCAGGGCCUUGGUGGGUGUACCUCUCAGGGAGGUGAAGUAUGGAGAAGGACAUCAGUUGGCUGAUGAAGACCUCUUUAUUGGAGCAAACACAAAGGCAUUCAUGAGAAGCACAGAGCUUCCUGCGUCCGCCGAGAAGAAAAUCUUUCAAACUGUGAGAAGAUUCUACGAAGCAGUGCUUCAGCAGAUGUUCUCCUCCUUUCCCCUCGACAAUCCCCUCCUGAGGGACUUGAAAGUGCUGGACCCUGCUGCUUGCCUUGAUGUUACUCCAGAGGCAGUGGAAAGUCUAGUGGCCCUGCUCCCUCAGUUGAGCUUGAACGAAGAUAGGCUGAGAGAGGAACUCCUUGUCUACCAGCUGACAGACAGCAAGCAAGUCUUCCAAGAAGAAAAAAUCGACAGAUUCUGGGGCCUACUAGGGAAGGAUGUGAGGUUCAGGGAGCUGCCAAGAUUAAUGAAGGCGUUACUCUGUAUUCCCCACAGCAAUGCCAGUUCUGAAAGGGUGUUUAGUAUGGUGAGAAAUAUAGUUACAGAGGAUAGGAUGGCAUUAUUAGACAACGGCACUGUUUCUGCUUUGCUUGCCUGUAAAAUCAACGACUAUGGCCCAGCCCACAAAUACACUCCUUCCAAAAGAGUGUUAAAGGCUGCAAGGCCUGCAACACAUUUGUAUAAUCAGUCAUUAAUGGAUGCCAGAGAAGAGCCAAAAGACUGAACCUAAUCAAUCCCCCCCAUGAAUAAUUUUUUAUUGAAGAUUUUCUUGAUUUACAGAGGUGUGUACAAUGUCUCUCUCAUAUUUUGAGAGAGCUCGGGUUGUGGAAGGGUUAACAAGACAUCCCUAGGUUUGUUGGGCGGGUCAUAGAAUCAUAGAGUUGGAAGAGACCACAAGGGCCAUCCAGUCCAACCCUCUGGCGAGCAGGAAACACCAUCAGAGCAUUCUUGACAUAUGCCUGUCAAGCCUCUGCUUAAAGACCUCCAAAGAAGGAGACUCCACCACACUCCUUGGUAGCAAAUUCCACUGCCGAACAGCUCUUACUGUCAGGAAGUUCUUCCUAAUGUUUAGGUGGAAUCUUCUUUCUUGUAGUUUGAAUCCAUUGCUCCGUGUCCGCUUCUCUGGAGCAGCAGAAAACAACCUUUCUCCCUCCUCUAUAUGACAUCCUUUUAUGGGUCAGACUAGUUGGCCACAAGUGUGAUUGGGGGUUUGCUGUUGUUGGGGAAAUUGGUAUGUUGUAAGUUAUUUGAUUGACAGCCAUAGCCUUUUAUAUUCAUAGCAAGCAGCUUGCAGAUUCACUUUUGCUGCUUGCAAUGGAUCUCCCUCCCUCCCUAUUUUUAGGGGUUCUUUGCGCUUGACAUUGCUAUGCCUGUCAUGGGGUCACCUGUUUUGGAUCAGGGGCCUGGUAAGGAUUUUGUCCACUUGGCUGAUUGGCUGGUGCCAUGUGGUUUUUGCCUACUGUGUAGCAAAUCAUCACAACUUGUAAGGUUGCGGUUAGGCCAUCAAAUUGGAUGGUGGAGGGGUAAGGAUUUGGCUGGGCCUGCCCCUCAAAAUUGCUGCUGCCAGGUAUUCCGUUAAAGGAAUCCUGGGGCUCCACAUGUUUGUCCGUAUCCCCGGUAGGGGCUAGGACCACGCAUGAGCCUUGGGGAGCAUCCGAGGGAGAGGUGAAGGGUUUGGGCUCCCAGCUCUGUCCUCUCUCAGAGGGUGCUCACCUAUACUGGCUUCCCUAGUACGCUAGCGGGAGUCAGUUCUGUCCCAGGCCGGGGGGGGGGGACAGAUGGCUGGAACCAAUGCCCUAGCAAUCACAUUAGUUGUAUUUAAAUAAAGUUGUGGCCAGAUUAAUGCCAAAAAAACUUU